CAGGAGGAGAGGAAGGCUGGGGACAUUCCCAGUUGCAUCCAUGCCAGACGUUCAAGACGGGUCUCCACUUUCCAUGAAAGGUGCUUUAUUGCAGGUUGGAUGUCAAAGUAGAGCAGAGAACCACGUAUAGGUGAAUGCAUUGAACUUUCCAGUGCUGUUCUCACUGAAAAGCAAAAAAAAUUAGAAUAAUUUUAAAAUUGAAGUGCUGCUGAAGGGCACUGAAGCUGUGCCAGGAGUGUCCUUCAGUAGCACCCUUAACAGCUGCUGAUUUGCAGGAGGCAGUGUCUGGCCGUGCCAAAGGUGUUAGUCCCGAUUUACCUCUCUUGUGUUUACAGAAAGGGGCACUAAUUUUUCAUCCUCCUACCUGUUGUGGUCUUUUUUUUUUUUUUUUUAAGAGUGUCUGGACAGUGCUGCUGAGACAACUUCCUCCUAGGGGAAAAAAUAAAGUUUCAUGUGGGAGUUUAAAUUUAGUAUUACAGAUGCACUGGAAAAGGGCACUAAUUGCAUUCCGUUAAGGAGGUUGUAAGGAGAUUUUGGAUUUUUUUCUCUUUAUAUACUCAAAGACACAGAGAAAAUGGUAAAUUGUUUCUCUUGAACUUGUGAAGAAUGAGGAACUCACCUGGUUUUUGGAAUACUCAGGUUGGAAUGACAUUUAUGUCAACGUAUAAGGAAGAAUACGGGAACAUCAGCUUUUUCUAAAGUGCAAUUUUUUGUGUUCCUGGUAUAGAUUGAAGCAAGGAGGACAAACGCUCCUGUUACUGCUGAUCUCCUUGUGGAAAUCCAUAAUUUUAUAGCAAGUCCUGUGCGUCGGCGACGCUGUGGGUAACGAUGUGCCAUGGCGGGGGGGGAACUGCCACGUCUCACUGGCACUGAUUUUGGCAGAUGGCUCUGGCAGUAGCAUCAAGCAGCUCAGGAGAGAAGAAAUAACUUUGCAAGAAAGGAGAAAAGAGGUGGUGAAAACACCUGGUUUGUCACUCAAUUUGCAUUUCUAGACACCGUGCUUAAGAAAAAACAACCAGAUCUUGUUCGUGUCCAGAACUCGUGUGGUUUGGUUUCUUACCCAGCUCAGGCUGGGGAGGGGGAAAGGCAAAGCCACUGGGACUAUCAGAUUGUCAGGCUGUUCCAAAAUCCUCAAGUGACGGCCUUCAAGACUAGGUUUAAAUCCCAAAUGGCUUUUUUUGAUCGUUAAUUUGAAUCAACUGAAGUUGUGAAUGGCUUUGCUGUGUAAGAACUUUUCUAUAGCUGUUAGCAAUUAAUAAAUCCCAUUUUUCUUGACCUUGUUUGGUUUGUUCCUUCUGCACCAGCCCAAGGUGCCACACUUCUGCUUUGGUGUUAGAUGUUAACUUUGAGGUUGAGAUCCUGGCCUUGGUCUGUCUGAGGGGUUUGGCUGCUCCUGGAUGCCAGAGCUCUGAUAGAGCUUAACAUUCCAAAUUUUCUCCAAAAGUAGAUCUUUUCAAAGCAGAGUCCACCAGCUUUUGUCUCCUGCACUGCUUCUGUGUUGACUUCCAUGGUGGUAUUGUCCUUUAGCUGAGUUACUGUGUCACUUUGGAAGAAAGACUGGGACUUGAACGUGUGUAGCUUGUGCUAAAAAUGCAGUGCAAUGUACACCUCAACAAAAGCAGAAAAUAUGGAAUCUGAUAGUUGUAGUGUCCGUGUUUAGCUGGUGGCAGUUGAAUACGAGUGUGUUGUUCCUAUGAAAUUCCCAGUCGUAACUUCACAAUUCAUUUGUUGAUCUCUACCAACAAGGAAUGUCUUGAUUUUGACAAUAGUUAUGUAUCUUUGGUGAAGUCUAUUUCUUUGCUUAAAUGCAGUAUCCUAUUACUGUUACACUAACUCACAUGAUUCCUGCUAUUAUUCUCCUUCCAUUUUCCAUUCUGGGAUCUCAGACGGGUACUGAAUACUCUGUGCUUCCUCUAAUAGCCCUCUCUAUUGUUUUCCGGAAAGAUCUGUCAAUUUUAUUGAGCUCCCGUCACAGACUCCUGGUCUGUGGCUCCUGCAGCUGGAGACGACUGUUCUGAAUCAAGAAUGCACACAAAUGUUUGGCCAUCAUAGAGAUAUACUUGGAUAGAAUCCAUAGAUCGAUAGAAAAUGACUUAUUCCCUUGCCUUGACGAGGGGGACUUCUUUUGCAGUAUUUCUUGUAAGAUUUUAAACUAGUAUUUGGAAGCUUUUUAGGUGUUUAACUUAUAGCUUGGUGUUCUUAUCUGUUGAAGAUAGUGAAUGUUAUUGGUAGAAAUACGUACUUCAAGGGUCCUGGAGGGGGAGACAAGUUCUUGGCCUUUUUAGGAACUUGGAACUCUUAGUUAAGCACUCUUCUCCAACAACCAAAAAAAUCCAGAAAACCUGCCUUUUGCCCUCAGAGCUCGUAGAUCUGUUGCAGUCCAUAAACUCCGAGGCCAUGAACUAAUAUUGUUCACUCUUCGUGGUGUUGUACAUUUUACAGAAGGCGUUUUAUCUCCCAGCGCUGCUCUCUAGACUUUUUAGAAGACAUAGUGGAAUAUGCCAGUGUACGAAGAACCAAGCAUAUAUCUGGGUCUCCAAGACACAAAAGUUUGAAGAAGAUGCACUUCAUCAAGAACAUGAGGCAGUAUGACACCAAGAACAGCAGGAUAGUGUUGAUCUGUGCUAAACGAACCCUGUGUGUGGCUUUUUCCAUCCUACCUUACGGGGAGGGUUUACGGAUCAGUGAUCUAAAAAUGGAAGGACAGAAGCAACGACAUCCUUCUGGGGGAGUUUCAGUCUCCACUGAGAUGGUGCUCGGACUGGAAGGAGUAGAGCUGGGUGCUGAUGGAAAGGUUGUGUCCUAUGCAAAAUUCCUGUAUCCCACCAAUGCCCUGGUGGUUCGCAAAGCCGACAUCCACGGUGCUGCUCCCCCCUGUCGAGCCAGCGCUUCCCGGAGUCUUCCUGCAUCGAGAUACAAACCCGUGACAGCAAAAACCAUACCAGCAGGACCAGACAUGGGAAGUGAAGCUGGGGAAGCCGCAGAGUAUGAUCCAAAUCUUCUGGAUGAUCCUCAGUGGCCCUGUGGGAAACAUAAACGUGUUCUCAUCUUUGCCUCUUACAUGACUACAGUCAUAGAAUAUGUGAAACCCUCGGACCUUAAAAAGGAUAUGAAUGAAACCUUUAGAGAGAAGUUUCCUCAUAUCAAGUUGACACUGAGCAAAAUUAGGAGUUUGAAGAGAGAGAUGCGGAACCUGAGCGAAGAGUGCAAUCUGGAGCCGGUUACCGUCUCCAUGGCUUACGUUUACUUUGAGAAGCUCGUCCUCCAAGGCAAACUCAACAAACAGAACCGCAAACUGUGCGCUGGUGCUUGUGUCCUGCUCGCAGCCAAGAUCAGCAGUGACCUCAGGAAACACGAAGUUAAACACCUUAUAGACAAACUAGAAGAGAGAUUCAGAUUCAACAGAAGGGAUCUCAUCGGGUUCGAAUUCACCGUCCUCGUAGCUUUGGAGCUGGCUCUCUAUCUUCCUGAAAACCAAGUUUUACCUCAUUACAGACGGCUCACGCAACAGUCGUAACCAAGGCCACGUUGGGGGUGGCAGCCGGUGGCGCGGGGGAUCGCGAAGGUGCCGCCGGCCGCCCCGUGCCGCUGUGUGUGUCCCGCCACGGCCACAGCUGGUUUGGAAGCCUGAGGUGUGGUGUCAAACUGUCGGGGUGCGUUACGGACACCCCACGUCUGGGGGAUGGUACGAGAAGAGUUAUUGAACUUUUCAUUUUCUUUUGGACGUUUAAAGCACAAAUAUUCACCAGUCAGCUAUCACGGCUGCUUAUUAUUCCUUAUUUAUCUUUUUUUUUGGUUUUACUAAAACUGUUCUUCCCUAUGAAGAAUACUAUGGUAUUGUUUAUUUUUUGUUUUGUUUUUUUAAGCCUUUAUUGUAUUCCUUGAAACUAAAGGAAGCAUCACUUCCAUUCCAGUGCACCAUAAAGUUUCCGACGUUUCUAAGAAUCUUCUCGCAUUUUUACAUUAAUGAAAUGCAUACUUUAUUUUUUUAAAGAUGUGCCUAAAACUGGCUGGUCUGGUACCAGUGCUUUUUAAGUUAGUUAUGUUAUUUAGUGAGGAAUCCUGAAUUUCUAUAGCCAUUUAUUCUUUACCUGCAUUGGCCUUGCAUAUGAGGAAAACAACUCCAGUAUAUCUGCACUAGUGAUACACGGGGCAUCUAUUCCCUACUCUACUAUAGAUCUCUAAGUAGCAAGGUUGAAAUUACUCCGUUCUCAUUUAGUUAACGAUUAAUACCUUAGAAAUAUACGUUUUAUUUAAAAAGGAAAGAUUGUUUGAAAAUGUCAUGAAAUGCCACGUGUGGAACAAGGUGGGCGCAGCAAAGCCAUUGCCAUCCCCAUUCACUCUUCAGUGGGAGGCGAGCACUUGACUAAGAGCAAUUUGCUGUCAAUUGUAUCAUUUGUGGGUUUUAUUCGUUUCUGUGUUCCCUACUCUGAAAUAAGCACCUUUUUAGUACGACUGUAUUAUAUAUGGUCUUACGUGCUCUGAGCAAAUACUGAGUCAGUAGAGCUGCUGCUGCCGAUCUAAGCCAAUGAGACAAAGCAUGCUCGAUAUGGAAAAUGCUACUGUUUUUACUCAGUUCUUCCAAGCAUUGCAGCACUGUGAUGGUCUCCAUAGAACUGCCAUUUCUUGCACAUCUGAACAGCCGCCUCCCGGCUGGUGCCCAGCAGCGCGCUGAUGCUCACACAGGGUUAAAUAACUUCUCUGACAGUUGGCUGAUCCCUUCAGUUGUUUUUGAAGCGUCCGGGUUGGGAAUGAACUCUGAUUACACGUGGAACCUUCUGUGCUAUUGGCUCUAGGGUUUAUUUUCUGAAGCAAUAUGAUGACACGAGUAACUGUGGCCGCUUGCAAGGAGCAAAACUGAUGCUUGGCUCUUACAACUGAGAAAUGUGUAAUUUAACUUUGACUCCUCAAUGAAGUACUAGACCUCGUAGUGAGGUGAGGGACCUGCUGUCUAAUAUGUAAAGUAAUGUAAAUUCCUGUUCCUCGUAUUAAAUGUUGGUUGUAGGCAAAACCGAAGCCGAGUCUUUGCUCUUCAGCUGUGUUUUGUCUGAAGCUGAUUCGGCUUCAUUAGAGCUGCCGCAAACUUUACUGGAGCCCCUUCCUCUUUCAGGAGGGCUCAAAAUGUAUUUUUCCUAUAUAAUAAUGACAGUGACUAUCAAAUCUUUUGUAACUGUGUUCAACUGUAUGUAGCGUCAAGUUAUUUGUGUAAAAUUUGAAAUGCUUGUGACUUCCCUCUAACGCAGAAGGCCUUUCCAGUCUCCUGGAAAGCUCAUAAGCUCCUGUUAGCAAAUAUAUUAGACGAUAAGCUUGCCGGUUGUAUUCCAAAAGGGUUAAAAAAUACCUACUAGUUAAACUUCCUACUGAAUAUAACUGUCUUUGCAUGCAAGAAAUAGUGAUGUACUAAACACCUAGUGUAUAACAAGCCUUCAGGUUAAUCAAUGGUGGUGAAGACAACUGAAGUGGUCCGUCCACUGCUUCCUAAAAUCAUGAGGAGGGGGAAGAGGUAGAACUGAGCGGAGAAACUCCUCACACGGUCUCUCCAGAAACAAUAAAACACUUGGGUGAGUGGGAAUGGAGGCAGAAAAGGUCCUUCUCUGGGAACAUCUUUCUGUAUAAAGAGUUUUCUGUAGCAAAAUUAACUUUCCUUUCUGACCAUCUAAGGGGAAAACCCCACUUUGGUUUGCAGCACUUUGCGGUCUCUAUUCAGUGGAAGUUUGUCUAGUUGUGGUGGGUGUCUGGGCUGGAGUUACACUCCCAGAAGCUACGGUUUCAUGGCAUAAAAAAGCAAGCUUUUGUUUUCUCUUUCAAAAGACCAAAGUUAGGAUAAGGAGCAUUAAAUUACAGAACAUUGAGUGCUGUUAAAGGUUGCUCUAACUGUUGGCAGGGGCCCAGGCAGUGUCGGGAGGCCAGGCCGGAGGCGCGGUGGUGGCGUGGGUGGCCUUGUGGCCGAUGCCACCUGCGGCUCCGCUGUGGCGUCAGCACAGAAACUGUCCCUUUGUGUCUUCAUUUCUCCAUUUCCAGAGCGUAGCCCUCGGUCCUGCGUGAGGAUGUUUUAUCUUUUCGCCUAAAAGCUGCCACCAUGUGGCAAAGGACUACAAUAAACUGAAGGUGGGACCCACAGCAAGGCCUGGCCCCGCGGCCGGUUCUGUCCCCCUCGCGGGACUGAGCUCUUGCGAAGCGGCUGUACAUUUUUCUGUGAACAAUGCUGUUACGGUUUUGUCUCGCUCCAUUAUUUAAAAGUCUGAGUUGUAGCCUGUUAUGGUUUGGUUUUUUUCCCCCUCAUGAACUUGUGACAUUAAGACGCUGUGAAAUAAACACUGUUUUGAUACGUGUUUUGUACCCAAA